ACAUGAAAACGUCAUUCCCAAUAUCUGCCCAUAGGGCUGUAUUCUUAAUGCGUUAACUGCCUGAUUACAUCUGACCAGGAGAAAGUUCUUGAAAUAGUUACCGCGAUGGCUGUUGGUGGGAUCACGAUGCCUUCCAAUUUAGCUAGGAGUGUCUUGGUUUGAUGGAGUAAGAGAUACCAGCCCAGUUAGUGCUCUGGGGUCUACACAACACAUGGUGUUCGGAUGCAGAACUGAUGUAAGUGGAGGUAACUCCACUGAGGGAGAAGGAGGAGGAAUCGCCAGAGGAGAUGCUGAAGAACAACCACAGAACAAAGUAGUAGCCGCAGUUCAGAACUGGAGGACUAAGUGACAGAAUGGCCCAGUCCUGCAGGGCUGAGUGCUGGAGAAAGACUUUCCGGGAGGCGUUCUUGACCAGGGACUGGCUGACUGGUCUUGCUUCCAUGGGUCUGUCCCAUGUCAUGCUAGUAUAGCAGCCAGGGGCAAUACAGGAGCCCAUCUUUUCUCCAGAUGUCAUGACAUUCGCAUUUUGACACAAGGACAUGGGAAAAACCUAGUCCCUGGGAUGACGUCUGUGUCCUGUUUUCUUCUCUGCCUGUCUCAGUAAUCACCUGGCCGCGGCUCUGCUGAAUCUGAAUGCCAAUGGGGAAAACAAAGCCAGUCCAACUUUUUGUUUGAGUGACUAUUCACACACAUCAUUUGGAGGCAUUCACCCAUCUCAGAAAUACAGUCCUUAUCAUAUACCCCAGGCGGAAAAUGGAGAACCAGAUUAGCUUUGGAAACAAAACUCCUUUUAGUUUCAUUUCUCACACACACAGAAGUUAUCCGGUAUCUAGCAGCGAAGGAACUCAAAUCCCCACCCUGCCGCCCAGCAGGUGAUGAGAUAGAAGUGGGAAGUAAACAAUCAAAACUCCAUUUGUAAUGCAGCACACUUUGGAGUGUCCUCACGAACAUCUGGAGAGAUGAAGAAGCUGAACAUGGAUUCUUGGAGAGAAAUGUUUUAUGAGAAGAUAGAGGAGGUGAACCCACAAGACUAUUGGGACCUAAAGAUGCACCAGAACCUUGAUUACAAUGACUUGGGACCUGGUUGGAAACAAUCACUGCAAGAACAUGCAUCUGCCAGCUUCCAGUGCUCAUCUUGCCAGCAUUUCUGGUCAUCAAGUCAAGUGGUUAUUCUGUUCCAUAUGUACCUGGACCAGCACAGGAGAAAAGGUUGGGUGAAGAUGAGAGUCUUUAGACAAGAAUGUUAUGAGUGCUCCAAGGGUAAGUUAGAAGAGCCAAAUUUCAAGGAGGAAAGAGUCCAGAAGGUCUUGGAGAACUUGGUCAUCAGCAUUAGAGAGAAAUGCUAUGGAGAGUAUGUGGCCCAGUUAUCUGAGGUUACAGUGAUAGGACGGCACUAUGGACCACAUUGGAGUGACCAUUGUGAGGCUUGUCGGUUGGGAAUACAUCAGAGGCCCAAACACACGAUGUAUUAUGGAAGACCCAAAGACACAGUGUACCAUGGGACAUCCAAAGACACAAUGCCACCAGUUCAGCUACCAUCACACAAUUUACCCCAGGACACGAUUUGCGUUACUGUUCUCCUGUUUGAAAACUUCCAGUUGGCUAAUCAAGGAGCAGAAACAAUACCACAUGACUUAGGUGACCAACCACACACCAGGAGUAACAAAUGGCUAAAACGAACAGUUUGUGAACAGUCCAAGAGACUGAAAUUAUUUGUCUGGACUAUUUGGCAAAUCUAAAUAACCAACACGUUGGAUCCAUGAACCUAGAAAGGAGCUACGUUAAUAAUGAACAUGAUUUGUGACGACUUAUGCAGCUGGCUCCAUCUGUUACCUUCCUGCUUUUUAAGGCAUUUGACAUGGAAAACUGAACAAGGAGAGAGACUGGAUUUAGCAACUGAACUAUUUGAGGAAAGAUGGGCCAAAGGAAAUGAGCUAAUUCAAAAGAGAAUCAUACAAUGUCAGGCUGGAGGGGAACUCAAGAGGUCAUCUAGUCCACCCCCACUCCCAUGCUAAGGCAGGAUAAAGUAAGCCUAGAUCAUCCCGGAUAGAUGUUUGUCUACCCUGCUUUCAAAAACCUUCAGUGACGGAGAUUCCACAGCUCACUUGGCAACCUGUUCCAGCGCCUAGCUAUCCCUAAAGUUUUUCCUGAUAUCCAACCUAAAUCACCAUUAUUGCAAACAAAACCCAUUACUUGUUGUCCUACCCUUGGUGGACAUGGAGAACAAUUGAUCACCGUCCUCUUGCCUUGGACAGAGUUGAAGAGAGUUAUCACAUCUCCCUCAGCCUCCUCUUCUCUAGACUAAACAUGCCCAAAAUCGUGGAUCCAACUUUUACAAAAACGAUAUGUACCCCUAAUGCAACUCAUAACACCGACUGCUUCGCUGUGAUGUAGUCAGUUACCUUUUGUGUUUGUCACCCUUUUUUCCCCUUGUGCAGGAAAUGAAUUGUUCCGUCAAUAAUUGUGUGCCUCUUUAAAAAAAAGUAAGUAACUGAAAAAGCCAAGGUGAUGGGGAAGCUUAGUUGCUGUCUCUUUAAAUGCCAUAAUGCAGGUUGGGUAGUUACAAAGCCACAUGUGUAAUGUUGUGGUUAACAGUGAAGCAACUCUUCGGUUUGCCCUUGAAAUGGGUUGUUCCUGUUGACUAGUAUACGCUGACUAGCAUACUUACAUUUUACGCUGGUAAUACCACCCGCAAUAUAUAUUCCAAGCAUUUAAGUAUAUAUAUUAUUAAGCAUUAAUACAACAGCAUAAGUGAACAGAUCAUAAUAAAGUUACAGGCCAAUCUGGGCUAUACAACUAAGUGUCCCAUAACACCUCUCAUUAGCUGAAAUUGACUUUGGCUUAAGUAGAUGCGAAAACGGUCAGGAUCAGGACAUGUGAGCAUUGCCUCAUAGCUACCGUGUCAAGCCUGUUUAUCCUGGUACAGGCUGAAAGGGUGUCUUCACACCCCUUAAGACCUGGAAAGCAUGUGGUCAGAAGAACAAAAGAUACACUAAAAAAAGAAGAACAGGAGUACUUGUGGCACCUUAGAGACUAACAAAUUUAUAUGACAUCAGGAAUCAAAAUACUCAAAAACCAGUGGGAGAACACUUUAACCUGUCUGGUCAUUCAGUGACAGACCUGCGGGUGGCUAUAUUACAACAGAAAAACUUCAAAAACAGACUCCAACGAGAGACUGCUGAGCUAGAAUUGAUAUGCAAACUAGACACAAUCAACUCCGGUUUGAAUAAGGACUGGGAAUGGCUGAGCCAUUACAAACAUUGAAUCUAUCUCCCCUUGUAAGUAUUCUCACACUUCUUAUCAAACUGUCUGUACUGGGCUAGCUUGAUUAUCACUUCAAAAGUUUUUUUUCUCUUAAUUAAUUGGCCUCUCAGAGUUGGUAAGACAACUCCCACCUGUUUAUGCUCUCUGUAUGUGUGUAUAUAUAUCUCCUCAAUAUAUGUUCCAUUCUAUAUGCAUCCGAAGAAGUGGGCUGUAGUCCACGAAAGCUUAUGCUCUUAUAAAUUUGUUAGUCUCUAAGGUGCCACAAGUACUCCUGUUCUUCUUUUUGCGGAUACAGACUAACACGGCUGCUACUCUGAAACCUGUCAAAAGAUACACUGUGGUACCAGGAACAAACAAGGUGAAAAGCUGAUUAAUGAAAUCCAGUUUCAGGUGAUGUAUGUACUAGCUUUUACUGGUAAAUAAGUAGGGUAUAAAAAGAUGGCUUUAGGGCUGUCACUUUGGGGAACACACCUGGCACGGAGCAGCUCUGCGGAGACUGGUAUCGUAUAGAACCUUUGCCCUAGACCAUAUUAAUAAACCUGAGUGACAUUGAUUAUUUAGUCUCUUGAGUAUAUUUCAUAAUGAACCAAAGGGGGGUGAAGCAACUGACUAG